UACACUCUUUCUCCAACUCCUCUCGUGAGCCGAGUAUUUCAUCCCCGUCACGUUCCGCUGCCUCUGAACCGCCGAAAAGGAUUUUGGAGACCAAUGCGUCAAGGUGCUGGAUUGGAUACAGAACCAUCAAGCUUAUUACCCCCUUCAACGAGGAAUCUGACCCCAUUUUCGAGGAGAGAUAGGGUCAUUUCUAGACCUCUUCCCAGCUACCUUUUGCGGAAUGACGGCCAUGGACUUGGCGAUCUGGAUAUCGCUCUGGCACGCCGUCAUACCAGACGUGUGUCAUCAGCAUCUGCAGUGUCUUUCAGGACUGUGCCCUCUGAUGGUGCCGUCACAGACGCGAUUGGGGAAGAGGUGCCCCACAAAGCAGGCUUCGUCAAUGACCAGCUCCCGCUCACUGCAUCGCACAAGAGAGGUCGAGCUGCAUCCUCUCUUUGUUCCUCAAACUUGAAUCCCGUUUCGUCUUUGUCAACGCAGAGUGAUUUGGAAGCUAUUUUUUCAUCUCGCUUGUUCGAGACCCUCCUGACCAUUUUCUCGCUGCCACGAAUGAAACUGAGGCAAGUACCCGUCAGUCUCAGGGCACACCUAAGCGUCCCACCCGUCGAAGUGCACGUAACACGAUAUCUAGGCUUUCCUCAUCCUCUUCCCAUAGUCUAACGAGGCCUGGAUUCCCUCGGCCGAGCCUCAGCCUCGGUCGCGGAGGAGCUCGCUCGAGCUCCCUGCAUUCGUCCUCGUUCCCUUCCUCAUCCGCUCGGAGUGAGGAUAUGACAAAAUUCCAAACUUCAUUUCAUCCAUUCAUCCAUCGUCGACCAACCCAUCAUUGAUAC